AAACGCGACCGGCCCAGAGGUCUCCUCCAGCGCGUGUCGCUUUCCAAAAUGCAAGCUGCCUGGUCACCCAGGACUGGGUUUUCAUACAUUAAUCCGAGGUCGAUUGGGACUUUCGUGCAGCUGGCAAGCAUUUGCUCGGUCCAUCCAGAUCUCUGGAUCUGCUUAUCUUCCUUUGGUCAAUGGUUUCCUGAGCAUAAUAACAUCGGCUCGUGAUAUACAAGACGAGAAGCAACAGGUCUUUGGAGAAGCUCCGUUCCCCCUCUUCGCCUCCUUUGAUCUCCAGGAUUCCAGAUACCUACAUAUAUGAAUAUGCUGCUUAACUUUGUUUGUGAAGAAAGGGAGGAAGGAGAAUCGCUAGCGCUUGCUAGAAAGCGUAUUUACUUGCGUACUCGGAAAUGGAAGGACCCGGGUUCUAUAUUUCGGAAUUAGAAGAACUGGAACGCGUUGUAUCUGAUCCAACAGCAAAGGCAACACGUCUGUCGAUUUCGCUUCUCAGGCACAUAACCGAUGAUUUCUCAGAAGAACUUAUAGUUGGUCGCGGUGGGUUCGGAGUGGUUUACAAGGGGGUGCUUCCAAAUGGGCUAGCUGUUGCUGUGAGGAAGAUAUCCCAAACCGAUGGAUUUGGUGACAAGGAAUUUCUAAAUGAAGUUGGUAACCUAAUGAUGGUUGCUCACAAGAACAUAGUGCGAUUCAUAGGCUACUGCAGUCAGGCACAAUCUGAAAGCGUCCAAUUUCAAGGAAGAUAUGUUUUCGCAGAGUCAAUUCAAAGACUCAUCUGCAUGGAGUAUAUGCCUAACGGCAGCCUUGAUAGAUAUAUCCAUGAUAACUUUCAGGGAGGUCUUGGCUGGAACCAGCGUUUUCAAAUUCUUACAGGAAUUUGUCAUGGUUUGCGUUAUCUCCACAGCGACGAAGUGCACAUUAUUCAUGGAGAUAUCAAGCCAGACAAUAUAUUGCUAGAUGAGAACCUCAAGCCAAAAAUAAGUGACUUUGGUUUGUCCAGUUUCUUUCCUGGAAGCUCAAUUUCACGUUUUACCAACGAGCUAAGGGGAACUAGAGGAUACAUAGCGCCAGAGUUCAUUGAUAAAGGUAUUUUGUCAUUUAAGGCUGAUAUAUUCAGCUUGGGUGUUACGAUUAUGAACUUAUUGAUUGGACAGAGAUGGGACAGGGAACAAAGUUUUGAGCAAGUACUUAGAAAUUUGAAGAAAAGAUUGGUAAAAGAUGGAGUGUUCUCAUUAUGGGAAAACAAUUACCAGCAAAUUAGAACAUGUCUGGAAAUUGGGUAUAACUGUGUUGACAUGGACUACCGUAAAAGGCCUACUGCAGUGGAAAUUAUCCACCGACUUGAGGAAACUGAAAGUCCAGACUAUUCUGGUAGCAGCGGCCCACCAACCCUUUGGCAGUCAGGAGAUGAGGAAUCCAACUUAUCAGACACGGAUACUAUUGAGCAAGAGCCAGAGCCAGACUCAACACACUGGUGGAAAAAGGGGCUUUGGUCGUGGUUCGCAACUGCCAUUAGUCGAGCGACAGCCGAGUAUCCUCCAAGUAUCGAGUCACUCGCCGACACAGACAUAAGUGGGGAAACAAGCACCCAAGAACAUGAUAAACUAGACACGAUAAGCAAGUUGCCGACAUCGGCGGACCUGUCUAAGCUAACAUUCCUAAAGGAAAUUACAGAUAAAUUUUCUUACAAACGAAUUGUGGGGAAGGACGGUAUGUACAGACCAGGUUCUCACAAGGUAUUUGUUUAUAAGGGUGAUGUCCCAGGCCAAAAAAUGGUAGCUGUGAAAAGGCUUAUUGGAGUAGAAAUUCCCGUUAAUAAGUUCAAGAUGGAAGCAGAACAGUUCAAGAGUCUGGAUCACAAGAAUAUAGUAAAGGUUGUCAGCUACUGCCACGACGAAUCUAGAAAACAGAGACUGGUAGAGUUCAAAGGUCAAGAAAAACUAGUGGUCUUUGAUGGUCACGAACAACUGCUCUGCUAUGAAUAUAUGCUCAACGGAAGCCUUCACGACUAUCUUGUCGGUCAAGGAUCUCGUAAACUUGAUUGGCAGAUGCGCUACAAAUUGAUCAAAGGAACUUGCAAAGGCUUACGGUACCUCCACCAGGACCAUGGAAAUGGUCCAAUUGUUCAUUUGAAUCUAUGCCCGUCAAAUGUAUUGCUGGACGAAAACAACGCACCAUGCAUCACGGGUUUCGAUUUUUCCAAACUCAUUGGUGAGAAGGAGAACAGAUCCAUUGCAGUUAAGAAGGAUGGACAAAUAUCUUACCUGCCACCGGACUUCUUCCACUUUAGGGGUACUGACUUCAAAUAUCUAGCUACGGUAGAUGUAUACAGCUUGGGUCUUAUGAUCCUAGAGAUCACAACACGGCAAGAGAUCAAAGGCAAACACGAAAUGCUUAUCAAGAGUAUAGAGGAAAACUGGAGCGAAGAGUCGCAACUACAAUCACUGUACCCCUCACUAGAAUAUGAGCAUCUGUGGCAAGUAAAACUCUGCAUUGACAUUGGCCUACUAUGUGUAAAGCCAAUGCCUAAAGAGAGACCUACAACUAGGAAGAUCCUAACUUGGCUCAACGAAGGGAAGAUACCGGUCCCAGUUGCAAGAGCAGGUGCAGGAGGAGUGCCCAUACCUCCAGUCCGUACAAAUAUCACCCAAGCCGAUGACCGCAUCAAAGAAAAGAGUAAGGUGAUGAGAUUGAUGGAACGACUUGGAUUGAAGUAAUAACAUGGGCGACUUGCUUCGGUGAAUGUUAUCGUGAUGAUCAGGGGUCAACUAAAGAAAUGGUCAAUGCAGACAAGAGUGAUGCUUAUGUAAUCAUGAGGAAGCAAUAAAACAUACUUGAAUUAGCACAUAGCUAGUCUGGUGACAAUAGCAUCUAAGUGAUACCCCUCAAGACUUUUCCAAUAUGUGUUGGUAAUGGGUUGAUGAGAUAUCUACAUGAAUUGAGGUGCUCUAGUUCUGGUUGGAGCUUCUGCUCUUUUUGUUAGUCACUACAGCUUUUCUAGAAAUGGAAUGAUGUUACUGUCAUAAGAGGAAUGUAAUUUCUCAGGCGAUUAUACACCCA